AUGGCCGAGGUUGAACAACUGCUGGCAAUAGGGUUCAGAAGGGAAGCACACUACCCUAAUUGGCUAUCCAACAUGGUGCUUGUGAAGAAACCAAACGGUAAAUGGAGAAUGUGUGUAGACUUUACUAACUUGAACAAAGUUUGCCUGAGGGACAUCUUCCCGCUUCCUUGCAUCAACCUCAUUGUGGAUUCAAUGGCGGGCCACCGCAUGCAUAGCUUCAUGGAUGCUUACUUUGGUGUUGUGAAGGCUCAAGAUUGGGAUGAAGAGUGUGCUGAGGCAUUCGCCACGCUCAAGAAGUAUUUAACUAGCCCCAUGCUACUCAGUCAACCCCAGUGCAAGGAGGUAUUAAUCUUGUACCUAUCCAUGUCCCUGCAAGCGGUCUCCUUGACCCUAGUACAAGACGAUGGCAGGGUUCAAAGGCCAGUAUACUAUAUUAGUCGGGCUUAUAGGGGGCAGAAGCCAGAUACCCUUGCGUUGAGCAACUCGCAUUCGCCUUGA